UGAGUGGCUGCGAGUGCUAGCUAGACUUCUCCCAUUUUUGCCUGUUAGUUCCUGCUAUUUUCGAAUACGUGUUUCGGGCCAAGGCCAAGCCGGCCAAGAAAGUGACCACACGUGACCGAGGCAGGGGCAGGACUUGGCUGGAUAAAGUGUAGACCUUUCGUCAAUCUUUCUGGAGACUUGUGUUUCUUCGUCUUGCAAGAGUAAUAAUGCCAGGUUCUCGCGUUGCCGUGGUCACUGGAGGAAACAAGGGCAUAGGAUUCUGUAUUGUCAAGUUCCUGUGCCAAAAAUUUGAUGGCAUUGUUUAUCUUACAGCUCGAGAUGAAGGCCGUGGAAAGGCUGCUGUUGCAGAUCUCGAAAAGAUGUCUCUGAGCCCCAAAUUUCAUCAGCUGGACAUUGAUGAUAUCGGCAGUGUCCAGAAGUUUAGAGACUACCUUAAAAAAACCUAUGGUGGCCUUGACGUUUUAGUGAACAAUGCAGGAAUUGCCUACAAGACGAGCUCCACUGCACCAUUCUCAGAACAGGCUGAAGUUACUGUCAGAACCAACUUCUUUGGUACAUUGCGAGUGUGCACUGAGCUGUUUCCAUUGCUGCGUCCUCAUGCACGCGUGGUGAAUGUAAGCAGCUUGUGUGGCAUGUUGAACAAGAUUCAAGGAGAGGACUUGAAGAAGAAGUUGAACUCUCCACAUAUUACCCAGGAUGAAUUGGUUGCCCUCAUGAAUCAGUUUGUGCAGGAUGCAAAGGACAACGUGCAUGUGCAGAAAGGCUGGGGAAACUCUGCGUAUUGUGUCUCCAAGGUCGGAGUUACUGUCCUGUCCUUCAUUCAGCACCGUGCCUUCCAGCUUCGACCCCAGGAUGACAUUGUUGUGAACAGCGUACAUCCUGGCUACGUAGACACGGACAUGACAAGUCACAAGGGACCAUUGACCCCGGACCAGGGAGCUGACGCACCGACCUAUCUGGCGCUUCUUCCCCCCAACGUGGAGUCUCCCAGAGGGGAGUUUGUUUGGUAUGACAGGAAGGUCACAGCAUGGGACCAGUAACUGCACCAUUUCUGGCACAAGUAAAUUCACUGUUCUCAUGGAUAUAACCUGCAACAAAAGAAAGAAAACGUAUGUACCAAGAACUGUAGUCAUCACAAGCUUGUGAUGUGCGUAAGACUCGUAGAAGAUGUAGGGCAUGUUGGGGUCGAAGCAUUGCACACAGAUGAGGAUGGACGUACGCUUUCACUGAAGCAACACGGCAAUGACUAACCUGGUGAAACCCCUAGCAGCACAGGACACUUGAGCAGGGGAGCAUCUCCCACCCACACCAUGAAAGAUUUACGGCUGACAAUUAGAACAGGAGUUUAAGUGCGCCUUUAGGGAAGGUGAUGCGUUGACAGAGGGAGAUUUUACUUUUGUGCUGGUGGAGAUGGUUAUUGAGACACUAUGAAGUUUGGUCUACAUAUUGAGAAUAAAUCACAUUGUUUGUGUC